GUAAAACACUUUGAUCGAAAAUAUAACUACUUGAAGUUUAAAGAAAAAAUGGAAAAAGAUGGUUAUGAACCUUUAAACGAAAAAUGAUUUAUUUAGUAUAAUAUUAUAUUCAAUUAUAAUGUUAGUUUAAUUGUUUUAACUAUAAUAUUCUUUCAAAUAUGUUGCCAUUUCAAGAAUUACUUAACAAGUUUAGUAUCGAAGUAUUUGAAAACAAUUUUCAUUACAAUUAUACUUCUAUGACUGAGUUAAGUACUUUUCUUCAAAAAAGUAUUAAUGGUGAUGUAGAUUGUUGUAUAAAAAACCAAAAAUGCCUAGAUAUUUUAAAAAAUAUUCAUUUUCAUAUAAUAGAUAUAGUUGAUUAUAAAAAAUAUGCAUCGGACUAUCAAAGUUUUCUUCCUCAAAUUUUAUAUCAAACAUAUUAUUUGUGUCAUCAAAAUAUAUCAAAACAACAAUCUAAUAAUAAAGAGAAGAAUAAAUGGACUUUACCCAAGAAAAUAGAUGAAUCAGACAAUAAUGGUAUUAGCAUUAUUGAUUUUGUAAGUCUAGAUAAAAGAUUUAGAUUACCAUUAGAAAAGUAUGAUCAAUAUUGUUUGCUUAUUCAUGUUGGUGCUGUUAAAUGUUUUCAAUUUGAAAAACAAUUGAAUUGUAUAAAUGAUUCAAUUGAAACUAUUUGUGAAUUGUGCUUCCGCCAUUCUGAAAUAAAUUUAGAAGCUUUAAAAUAUUUAACAGAAUGUAUGACCGUUAUAACAAAAGAUCAGUGGAAAAUAUCAUCAAAAUAUAUUUAUAAGGUCUUAAUGGGUCAAAUGAAUCAUUAUUUACCAUCAAUUCAUGACCAAUGUAUUUUACUGUUAAAAAAGUGUUUAGAUCUUGAAGAUUUAGAUUAUAUACUAAAUAUAGUUAUGAUGGAAAUAUCGUGGUCUCUGAGGAUUAAGUUUUAUAUGUUGACUGUCAUCGCUUCAAAAUAUGGUGCCAAAAAGAUUUUAGAGAAAUAUGAUAUUUUGUCAAUUUCAAUGUGGAAAUGUUUGAAUGAACCAUACUUGAUGUCUCCUUGUAUGGGUCUAUACAAAACAUUUAUUAAAGAUUUAAAUGAAGAUGAUUUUUGUACUUUAGUUAUGCAGCCAAUUAUUAGUUAUUUGAUUACUAAUAACAGUAUUUCUGAGUUAACUAGAUACAAUUUUGUGACUUAUCUAUUACCUCUAAUGAAAUCUAAACAUAAUGGCAGUUUAUUGAUGUUGUAUGAAAAGAUGAAUAAUCAAUCAAAAUCAGAUUUAUAUCUUCAAAUAUCUGUGAUAAGAAUGAUUUAUAAUACUGAAGUAGAAAACGUUCAAGAAAUACUUGACUCGUCUUUGAAUUCUGGUGAUACUAAAAUAAGAUCUGUAGCAUUCACUAUUUUGUGUUCUUCAAAGUUAUCAACUGAUGUAUUGAACAAAAUUUAUAAUUUUAUUAUUGACAAUUUAAAUAGCGACUGUUCAACUUUAAGAACAAAGAUUAUUUUUGGAUUAGAAAAUAUGUUACGCAAGUGUAAGAAACAAAAUACAAUUAUACUCACAUUUUUGAACAGAUUGCAUAAAUUCAUUUUAUCAAAUUUGGUGCCUGGUUCAAAUUACCAAAGAAAAAUUACAUCACUGAAAAUAUAUUUGGUUAUACUUAAGUAUAAAAACAAUGAUUAUGUUUCAUAUUCAUGUAGACAUUUACUUUUUACAAAUUUAUUAGACUCCGAAGAUAUAAGAAAAACAUGUAGUGAAAUACUAGUGUCAUAUUUUAGUGUUGUAAAAGAAGACAAAAUAUACUUGAAUAAUUGGAUGAAAUUUGGUUUAAACUUGUGUUAUGAUCCUUUAUUUUAUAAAAAUGAAAGUGGUUCAACUAUAAUAUAUACAGUAACUACUUUGGCUUAUAAAUCUGGACUUAAAAUUGAUAUAUUCAACAUAAGCAAUUCAUCUAUGUCUGCUCAUAUAUUAGAUUUAGCAAAAAAACAAGAGAAACGACUUAAAGAUAAUUUUGUGAGCAAUGUAACACAUGGUACACUUUAUGGUUUAUUAGAUGUAUUAAACAAUUUAUCGUUCGAAAAAAAUUCUCCAGAAAAAAAUAAAUUAAAUGAAACUCAGAUUGAGGCCAUGUUAAAUUUAAUUGAAGACAAUUUGAAUCUAAUGCUGGACACAUUAUCUUCUAGGGUGGACGCAGAAAGUAAAACUGAGGCACCAUCUUUUGCUCAGAUGGAUGAUGCAUUAAGUAGUUUACGUACAUCAAACCAAGAUAAUGUUCAAAUACCAACAAACCAAUUUCUAUUAAAUUUCAUUUGGAUAAAUAUUAAAAUUUGUUGUGAUGUUGCAAGCAAAUAUGCAGUUAUGUUAGCAAUUAGUGAUAUUUCAAAUAAACAUACAAAUACUCAAAUAAAAAGAUGUGCAGAUAUGAUAGCAGAUGUAUUAAUUAGGUGUAGACAUAAAGGUGCCAUGGAAGCCACUUGCAAAUCACUUGGAACAAUAAUAAAGCAUUGGAAGGAAUCACUAAGUUGGUGUCAAAAUAUGUUAACUGACCAUAUUAAUUGUAUGAAACCAGAAGAUGAAAUAUCAAGAAGAUCAGCUGGAGUAAGAUAUCUUAUUCAUGCGAUUGUGACAAAUAACAAAGUCACUGUUAAAGAUUGUGUUAAACAGUUAUACAAUAUAGCUAAAGAAAGUGUGUGUAUUGGCAUUGAUACAAUUGUUGAUUUACCACAAGCAAGAGCCCAACAUCUAUUAACUGCAAUUGUCUCAAAUGCAUCAAUUUCUACAGGUAGUUUAUAUUAUUUCAUGGAGGAUAUGAUCAUGCUUUGUAUUGAUAAACUCAAUUCCCCACUUUGGACCAUCAGAAAUGCUGCUCUUCAGUUCUUCAGUUCUCUCCAAGUAAGAUUGAUUGGUCAAAAUCGGUUAAACAAUGAUUGUUGGCUAUCUCAUUUACCAUUAGAACCAUUACUAUACCAUUUUCCACGAUUGAUGCAACGUUUACAAUGUUUAUGGUCACAAACAAACUAUAAACUUUCAAGCCAAGCUCGUUUAAUCCCUUUCAUGUCUCUAUUAAAGAGCUUAAAGCUACAAUCAUGGAGUUUGUUACCAUCAGACCAUCAACAGUUUUUACAAAAUCUUCGUUUUAAUUUGUGGUCUACUGGUUUCGCUCUUGAAAUAUAUACUGUAAGAAAUAUGGUAGCUCAAGCUUAUGCCAACACAAUACAAGUUAAUGAAAUAUCAUCAACUCUAAAUAAAAUUAGUAAUGAAAUAUUAAAAUAUGAUGGAGAAAUUUAUUUUUCAGAAUUUAAAGGUUUUAAUCAUUUACAUGGAUUGAUGUCAGUAUAUAAGUAUUUAAAAGAUGUUUAUUUUAUGGAAUUAAAUCAAGAGUAUCAGGUUUUUAAAAUUGCGCAUGAACAUUUACCUCCAUUAUGUAAAUCAAUGUACAUUUCAAUUAACCGUGAAGUAUUAAAUCCACUUCCUUCAAGUUCAUCAAUUGACCAUAUUCUUGUCAAACAAUUAAUGAUAAAAAAUGACAUAUCACUAUCAUCUGACUUGUCAGGCUUAUUAGAAUUUUAUAUGAAAUCUGAUAAACAUACAGCAAUAUGUUUUUUGAGAUGUCUUAAAGAUUAUAAUAAAAGCCCCAAAGAUGUGUUGCUUUUAAUUAACAAAUUGGUCAAUUGUCUUGAUGUUGAUGACAAAGACAUAUUAAAAGAAAUUAUCAUGAACAUUGAUGUACUUUUAAUCAUGCGUCUUGAAGAUAUUAAAAUUGAAGUAGAACUAGAAAAUAAUUAUUUUUCUGCAAUAUUACAAAAAUGUACAUUAUGCUCAGAAAAAGAUUUUAUUGCUAUGCUACCAGUUCUUAGCUGGUUAUGUCCAAGUAAAGCUUGGUUAACUUUGUUGCCAAUUGUGUGUAAAUACAUUGAUUGUGAUUUGUAUGAUUCUACUGAUAGAUGUAGUUCUUCAAGAGCUCUAUAUUAUUUCAAAAAUCUAAAAGAUGAUGUCAGAGUAUGGCAUGCAGUAGUUGAGUUAUUGCAAGAUGAAGAUAUUGAUGUACGGGUUGAGAUGACAAGGUUUGUGAAUUACAUUUGUUAUAACUGUUCUUCCCUACUAAAUCCUUACACAUGUCUAAGGAAAAUGUUUGAAACAGAAAUAGUGUCUUGUUUAAUAAACUCAAGGCUUGCAUUUACCUGUUUUUGGAACCAGUUAUCCGAGAUUAAACUACGCACUGAAUUUGAUGAAACCAUAAAUCCAUUCUUUAAUGAUCAGUCGAAUGUGUACCAAGAACAAUCCAAUAUCAUGAAAUUGGCUUUUGAAGGCCUAAAAUCUUUGAUUAAAUCAAAUGACAAUCUUAUUUAUUAUAAAGAAAUAGUUAAAAAGAGCCUUAAUACUUUAAAACGUGAAUGUGAAUUUAAACACACAUUUAUGGAUGAAGAUUUAAUGAUUUUAGAUACAUAUUCAAGUAUACAUUACCAAAAAUUAUAUUACAAGAGAGAAAUAUUAGUUUUAUUGAAUUUAAAUGAUUAUUUGAAUAUGUUUUUUCCAAUACUAGAAUUUAUAUAUUUACCAACUAAAUCUUAAU